CUAGUGUGCACAGGUCUCGCCCAGCUGCUCCUUCAGAUGCCGUACAGCCUCCCUGUCGCCGUCCACCCGGUCCUUGCCGCCGGUCAGCAGCAGGAUGUCCAUGCCGCCCGAGAGGAUGCUACUGACAGUGGUAAAGUGCUGCUUGGUGAUGGAUGAGGCUCCGUCCUUGUCGACAAACUGGAAGAUGUCCGAGAAGGACCGCUCCAGCCGCAUGUUCUCCUGCUCAUUCCCCACCGGCAGGCCUCGCACGCAGCGGAGCAUGACACACUCCAUCUCGUCGGCACUGGCGAGUCGGUCUCCCUCGCGGCCGACGUUGAGCAGACGGAGCGACGCUGCCGAAGAAUACACCCUGCAAGACAGAUAUGCAGGAAUGAGAUCGUGUGUGUCAAUCCAUCCGCCUCCUCGUACCGUCAUCGUAGAGCAGCUCCUCGCGAUUCUUGCCAAACAGCUUCAGGAGCAUCGUCAGCCUGCCAUGGCACCCUCGAAGAAGGCGCGGCCCAGCUGCUCCUUCAGAUGCCGUACAGCCUUCAUGUCGUCCUCCAGCUGGUCCUCGCCGCCGGUCAGCAGCACGAUGUGCAUGCCGCCCUUGCCCUUGAGGAUGCCGUCCAUGGUGUCGAACAGCUGCCGGCUGAUGCAGAAUGCCCCGUCCUUGUCGACAAACUGGAAGAUGUCGUGGAUAGGACGGCCGCGCUUCCGCUGCAGCAUGUCGACGAAGUCGCCACCGGGAUCCAGACGCUGCCCGUGUCUGUCCUUGAGGCCUCGCACCAGAUUCGACUGCAACCAUCGUGCUUUCUUCGGGCCGACCAGCCGGUCGCCUGCUCCUGCGGUGUUCUCGAUGCACACAGACGUGGCCUUCUUGAUGACACACCCUGCAACACAUCAGACAGACGGGCAUCACUUGACGCGGUUGAAUGGCGGCAUUCUGGUCCGUAUUUCUGCCUCGACGUGCAUCCUAUCUAAAAUCGUACCAUCUCGAUGGAAGCGACGGUCCGUCAU